AUGGUUUUGGCGCAGUGCUUCGCCGGCUGUCAUCCCAGUCCAUGGCGCCGCUCGGACCCCAUCUUCGAGCAGGAUUCCUCGCGGCAACACAACUCGGCGCUCUCGAUGUGCGCGCUAGGCAGUCUCAACGCCGAUUACUGCCGAGCGCGCACGACUCGUCGGCGUACCGGCGUGCCGCUGGCAUACUACGCGACGGUGGAGGCGCGUGGGCUCGCUCAAAAGGCAUGCAUCUGUCGGAGAUCGAGUUACAACCCGCAGCUGUGCUGUGUGCGCGCGCACUCGAAACGUGGUUCGGCGAUCUCUCGGCGACCACUCAUCGACUCGCGCUCGGACGCGAGGCGAGGAUCGCCGUCGCGCACCAACACGCUUCGUCCGGGAGGCGCGCGGCGCGACCCGCGUUGCGAGAGCGUCGGCGGAGCCCGCGUGCCGGCCCUCUCUGGGACCGCCGCCGGGGCCGAGAGGGCGCAGAUUCGGCCCCCCAGGGUCAAAGAGGGCGGUUCUGACACCGCCAAGCGGUGCUUUCGUGGACCCCACGAGCUCGCGUUCAUCCGUGCAAAAAUAUUUAUUUACCCGCAGUUCGCCUCAAGUGGUGCGGUUCCGCGGAGCUUCGACUCGUGA